AUGGCAGAGGUCAAGAAAUCGAAGAAGCGCAAGUCGACGGCGGUAGCAGAUGAAGUUGACGAUGUGUCCAUGGUGUCCGCCGUGAGCGAGAUAGCAGGCGCAGCGGGCGAAGAGAGCAAAAAGAGCAAGAAGAGCAAAUCAAAGGACAAGGCCGACAAGGAGGCCUCGACGGCCGAUAUACUCGAUCCAGACGACAUCUCACCCAUCGCCCAUCCACUCGCAGAACGAAAGCUGACCAAGAAAGUCCUGAGGACCGUUCGAAGGGGGGCCAAGCAAAGAGCGAUACGCAGAGGCGUCAAAGAAGUCGUCAAGUCCAUCCGCAAGGGCGAGAAAGGCUUGGUCGUGAUGGCAGCAGACAUCUCACCUAUGGACAUCCUCACCCACAUCCCGCUCAUGGCAGAAGAAUCCCAGAAUCCUUACAUCUUCGUCCCCUCCAAGGAAGGGCUCGGUACAGCGUCUGCUACCAAGAGACCCACGAGUUGCGUCAUGAUCGUGCCUGAAGUGUCGGCAAAGAAGAAAGCUGCCAUUGCCGCCGCGGCAGCAAAAAAGGUUGCAGCGGGCGAAAAGGUCGACUCGGCCGCACUCUCGACCGAAGCGGAAGAGUUCAAGCAGGCUUAUGAGGAGACGGCAAAGGAAGUCGCUGUCCUCAACGACCGCAUCGAGUAUUGA